UUGCAAACGUCCAUGGAUAAUCCAGGAAGCUCCAUAUGAUCAUAUUAGGUUGUCAACAUAGUAAAUGCUAUAGAUAAAUUAGCAUUGUCCACACCUAUGUUGUGAUUUGCAUUUUCGAACGGCGCGGCGUUAUUUGAUACUUGAAUCGAAAAUUAAUUUUUAAUUACAUAAUUUGUUGGAUUGUCUACUCUAAAGUAUUAAUUUACGUUUAGUGAUAUUCAAAGGUUGUCCCCUUAAGCAUUGAUGCAAUAGAGUGCAAGAUGCACGUCAUGAAAUCAUAAGAAUGUUAGUAAAUCAACGAUUGAUUGAUUGAAAAUGCCGGCCAAAAACCGGCAAGAUUUGAUGACAGCCGAAUCCUUGUUACACAAUAUUACAGAUUAAGUAAUAGGUUCCUUGGUGAUAAAAAUAUACCACGGAGGUACUUGCGUCUGCAUAUUUGAUUAAUUUAAAGAAACUUUUGAAAAGCUGAUCAUAUGAAGCUUGAGAGACAUUGAAAUAUGAUCAUACAUUUUUUGAAACAUUUGGAUGGGUAUUUGAUAAUAAAGGAAAUCAAUUAUAGAAAUAUUAAAAAAACUGACCGUGUAAAAGUUAUAUUAAGCAGAAAUAAAAUGUUAGUGGAGAAUUGGAUGCAAAUCAUUUGAAAUAUAUUUAAGAAAAUUGGUAAAUUCAGUUUCUAUUGUAUUCCGGCGAUCGCUAAGGAAGAUGAGCGCGGUCUAGGUACAGUCCGAUUUCACUGUACUAGACGUGUGACGUGGAAUUGUUCGCCCGGCGCCGGCGGUCAGGACGAGACGAAACUUUACCACCGGUUUUCGCUCUGGAAACACCUUAAGAAUCCACGGUCUCGAAAAUAUACCUCUUGAAUAUUUAGUAGGUCUCCAGUAAAAUAAUCAUGACUUUUGCAUAUUUUCAAAAGCAAGUAUGUGAAAUGUGAAUACCUACAUAAAAAUACGAGGACAAACAUUUUCUACUGGGUUUUUACGUCUCAUUUUGAAAAGAUAGCUCAAAGGCGUACCACUUUUUUUUAUCGUUUCUAGAUAUUGGGUAUUUAAUUAGUAAGUUCUUAAGUUUUUUGGUGAUGGUCUUAGUGUGACUCUUUGACACUUCCGGUGUUGGUGGGCGCUUGAUUGAUUGACUGUUAUUGUAUGUGACGGUGUCAUGUCAGGACCAUGUGGCGAAAGAGAAGGCCCUGCAGACCAUGUCGAGCAUGUCAUCUGCUCAGAUCGUUUCAGCAUCAGCAAUGCACAGCAAGACCGCCAUUGGAAUGGGUCUCAACCUGGGCCCUCCAUCACACACUGCACCAGCCGUUUCCUAUACUGGGACGCAAUUCUGGCAACCCGGAUUGCAGCCUGGAACUUCUCAAGAUGUGAAACCAUUCGCCCAAUCUCCGUACCCAACAGGCAAACCUGCAACAGCCGUAUCUGCAGGUGAAGUAGGACCGCUCCAAGCUGCACCACCACCGGUGUGGGAAGGGAGAGCUAUCGCCACCCACAAACUCAGGCUGGUCGAGUUCUCCGCCUUCAUGGAGUCACAAAACAGGGAGGAAGCUUAUCAGAAACACCUAUUCGUUCAUAUAGGCGGCCCGGCGCUGUCCUACACUGACCCCCUCCUGGAAGCCGUUGACGUACGGCAAAUCUACGACAAAUUCCCUGAAAAGAAAGGCGGUCUGAAGGAGCUCUAUGAUAAAGGACCACAAAACGCCUUCUUCCUUGUUAAGUUCUGGGCGGAUCUCAACUCAAACAUACAGGACGAACAGGGAGCUUUCUAUGGUGUUACUAGCUCGUACGAAAGCAACGAGAACAUGACGAUAACCUGUUCGACUAAGGUGUGUUCCUUUGGCAAGCAAGUGGUGGAAAAAGUAGAGACCGAGUACGCGAGGUACGAGAAUGGCAGGUUCGUUUAUAGGAUUCAUCGAAGUCCCAUGUGCGAGUAUAUGAUCAACUUCAUUCACAAACUCAAACAUCUGCCCGAGAAGUAUAUGAUGAACAGUGUCUUGGAGAACUUCACUAUACUACAGGUGGUGAGCAACCGAGACACCCAAGAGACCCUACUGUGCACGGCGUACGUCUUCGAAGUGUCGACGUCGGAACACGGCGCGCAGCAUCACAUCUACCGGCUAGUAAAAGAUUAGCGCGUGGCGGACUUGAAUGACAGACCACAACCACCUUUGGUGGUUCUGUGAUCUUCGUCGAGCAUAUUCAGAUCCCCCACACCCAUCUCACUUCAGUGCCUACACACACAAUAUUAGUAUUACGGCGGGGUGUUAAAAACGCCUUGUGUAUCGUUGUGGAAGCUGUCUGUCACUCUAUGGAGGGUUUAGGGAAGAGGUUAUGCUCUUGUCACUAUAGUGAGGUACAAAUAAGGUCAAGAAGACCGGGAACAGAAGGGAAGACACGUAUUCGUAUGAAGCAAAUAUUGUCAGCUAGUAGGGCGGGGCGCUCAGAAAUGUAGUGUAAUUAGAGCUUCUGCGCAUGUAUACACGUGGAAAAUGUUAACGUAACCGCAUGCUCUAUUUUGAUCAAUUUACCUAAUGUAUCUAAUGGUUUAAGUACAUUGAAAAAUCCUGAUUCCCAAUGUUUUACCUUUCAUUCGCGUGAAUAUUGACCAACAUUUCUGCUUGCAACUCGUCUGAGCUGUAAAAACUAGAGUUUUUAGGUUUUACGUGCAUGAAGAAAGCAACAUAAAAAUGCAGACAUGAAAGAGAUGAUAGUGUCCAGAAUCUAAAACACAUUUUUGACGCAAUGGCUGUCCGCUUGCCUUUAUUCCGACCCUUUUGGCUUUAUCCUCACUUUAUGGGUUUGCCCUCCUAUUUCUAGUCUUCUUGGUUUAGGCAUACCAUUUAUUAUUGAUUUGAGUUUAUACAGUAUGUAUAAAGUUGGGAGUUCCUUUUCAUAAACUACUACGUACUAAAAAAGGAAUUGAAGAAAAGUACUCACUAUUCAUUUGAUGCAAAAUUUCUUUCUUUCUUAAUUUCAGCGGUGAUUCCAAACUCAUGUGAUUUUCAAACCUUGAACAAGAAAUUUGCAGAUGAUGGUUCAAUUUCAUUGUUAUGUAAUAUUUAAUGUCAACCAGGGAAGGCGUAACAGAAAAUUUUGUAAUAUUUCUAUAGUGACAGAGAAAUGUGGUUACCUUGGUAGUAAUUCUGAUAAAAUUGCUAUUUUUAGGAAUUAGCGAAAUAACAAUUGUGAUUUAUUUAAGUUAUGCUACAAUAAUAUUGUGCAAUGUGUAGAUGUUUAAGAUUGGUUACACGACAUCUCAGUGCAAUUAAUAAUGGAACAAAUACUAUUGAAACGUAAGGAAAUACAUCCUCUAAAGUAACAAGAUUAGAACAACCCAAUUUCAAGUUGUUAUUUAUUUUAUUUACGGUUGGCUAUAAUUAAUAAAAAACGAUAAUUUUCCAUAUUUAGGAAAAAGAAAAAUUUCGCUUAUACUACCAAGGUUACAUAUCUACCUCCCCCCGUACUUCACAUUUCAAACAAUACUUCUUUCUCCACAUUUUUUUCACAGAAGUUUAAUCAUUUUAGUUUACUGUACUUUAUAACAUGCAAACGUACUUUUAGUUUAGUGAUUUUAUCUCAUUUUUCAGUUGGAGAUUAUUUUUGUUUUUGGGUUUUUCCUUUAGUUAAAUAACAAAACCGAGUCUCUCAUUUACCAUAGAUUUAGUUCUUGGGUUCGUCAGUUGUUGCAUUAUAAUGCAAUGGAGUAAAUCUAAAUAUGCGAGGAGAGAAGCUCGCAUUCGUGGGAGACAUUUUCAGACUGGAUUUUUGUCAUAAUCGCGUUUGUUGAUGUCCCUAACAUAAGUCAAAAAAUUGCUGGGCGUUAAUUUAAAUUUUUCAUCAGAUGAGAUUUUUCGCAUCAUCCUGAAUAAAACAGAUCCAUUGUUAUUUGCCUCUAGUGCUUUAGUUUAUAAACGAUUUCGUGUCUGAAAAUCUCUAAAAAUGCCAAUUUUCCGUGCUUAAAAACAUGGUUAAGGAAUCCUAUUUUUGAGGUUUCCAAGUCUCUAAUUAAACUCAAAACCUUUCCCUAGAAGAUCCGGCACGGGUAUUACGUAUCUUGAAAAGUAGGUUUUUUGACAUUUCGUAGGUCUUUCUACAAAAUGUUAACACAAGGUGUUGUACUUGUUGUGAACGGCGAUCAUAGCACGCAAACUGGAAUGAACUAUUUGAAGACUCAAAAGUCGUUUUUUAACGUUUUUUACAUAAUAGUCAUGCGGAAUAGUAAUUUAGCCUUCAUUUAUUUUAAAGCAUUGUUUUUUAAUUGUUAAUAACGCGCUACUGUUAGGCGGUCAUUUUAAGGUCUUUUUUGACUUUGCAUCGUAUUAUAACUCGAAAAAUAUCACUAGAAAAAAGUGACAUUUUUGUUCAAAUGAUCCGAAAAGAUUUUUUGUGAAUUUCUUUAAAAAACUGUUUAACCAAAAUUUGCAUCGGGUUACGGCUCUGCAAUCUCAUGACUCGUGUUAUGGAUGCAACUAACGUGAUUAUGAAAAAGUCGAGUUGGAAAGUUCCCCGCCAAUACGAUAUGUUUGCCUCAUUUAAAAACCACAGACUUAAAUAUAUCUUUAAGUGGCACUUUACCAAUCUCAUUUUUGCCCUGCUUCUUCAAAUGACAAUGUUUUUUGAAAAUUCCGUUUCUACCAAUACAUUCUCAAUGUUUGACGAACGCAGGGACGGCAAUUUUUUACCUAGGUUACUCUACUAAGUUAAUGUUUGCUAUUUGUGAUGAUAAUUUUUAACAUUUUUAUAUAUACAUAAUUAUACAUAUAUUUAGAUUUCUAUUUUUUUUUUCGGUUAAAAUACCCAGUAUUUUACUUACGUUAGACGUUUGCCAAUAAUUUUCUUAGCUUUAGACGAAGUUUCUCCACAAAAUUCCGUACUACAUAAGAGUACCAUAGGUGCUUAUACUUAAGUUUUGUGGAGUACUUAGCCCUUGUGUUCAGUUACAGUUGACGACCGUUUUGCCGAGUAGAAAAUCGAAAGAAAACCUGUUUUGAGUAACAGCCAAAAUUGCCGAUGGAUGAAAUCGUACAAAAUAAUUGCUAACCUUUGAUAAAAUUUGAAAUUUGGGCCAUAUUCAAAUUGAUUUUACAUGACUGUCAGUUUAAGUUCAUCUAGCAGACCUUUUUAUACCUGAGAUUAUUGAAAAUUACAUUUUAAUGUUAUCUGUAGUUGGAACUAAGAAUUAUCUGAAGUUUAAGUACUAUUUUAUAAAAUAAUUUUGGUACUGGGGCGAUUUCUGUCCAUAAGGCCAUUUUGAUUUUGGCGUAUCACAAUUUGAUCUGCUGAGCAUAGUGCAAUCUGAAAGGAACACACACAAAAAUAAAAGAACGUUUGUGACAUCAUUUCCUAUAAUGUUUACAAGUGGCAAUGAUAUUUGAUCUCUAAUGUUUAGUCUCUGAAAUGAUACUGAUAGAACGUAUAUUGUUUAAAAUUUUUUUUAUUUUUAUUGUAAGAUUGGAUACAAUAAAAUCUUAAAUAUAUGACUAUCCUGAUGUGAGGAGUUCAAAACAAAACUUUUUAGGCGGUAUAUAUUCAAUGAUGAAAAUGGCGCAAUUUCACCAUACGAAUUUUCAAAAAAUCAUGUAUAUGUCUCCUGAAUGUUGUGCACACACAUUGGCUGCAUCAUAAUUGUUUGGUUCAUGCUUGUGAAUUGGUUGCAAACAAAACCAGUUCCUGUAAAGAAAUACUCUGUCUAAAAAUUUUGUGGUUGAACUUCAUAGACAAAUUUUUAUAGCACUGGCACCAAAUAAUGUCUUCUGUGAAGACUAAAGUGUUAUUUUUAAUUUAGAGACGAUACUGUGGAACAUUUUUUAGAUAAUGGAAUAUAAGGAUCUAGGUUAGUGUCCCAAGAAAUUUGGGUUCUUUGAGCACUAGACCUUUGCAUAAAAUAACAUUUUCAGUUGAAACUUUGCUAGUAAUGUUGCUCAUACAAUAUAUUUUAAGUUAAUUGAAAAAUGACUAUCACAAUAUUGUUUUUUUGUUAAGUUUUAUGGACGUCGAGAGGUACCUUAUCAAAUUAGUUCGUGGAAAGGUCAGUAUUCUGGGAAACGGAUUGAACAAACACUAAGCUUAAUCCGUACGAACAAUAAUGUCUAUAGAAAAAUGAUCUAUUUUAAAAAUAAAAAGUGUCAGUGUAAAAAGUAAGAUUGUAUAUAUAUAUUUCUAUGAAAAGAUACGGCGGCUAUAUAAAUAUUUUUAUUGUCUUAACAAGCAGUUAUAUAAGGUUCUCUAUAAAGUGUGCUAUAUUUAAUGAGAUUUUUUACCCAUAUCUGGAAAUGCCAUAUCAAAGGUAACGAAAAUUUAUUGAAUCUUAUACUUUUUGCUCUGUAUGUGUACAGUAUUUUAAAUCAUGUUUAUAAUUUGUAUUGAAAAUUAUAAGAUUGAUAU